CAGAGCCAAUCAGACUCCGAUUUGCCAAAUAGAGUGAUUUGGCAGCUGCCAAUCCCGUCCGGCGAUAUCGGAGUCACCGGAAGUCGUAGUUUCUGAAGAGUCGCGACUGAGGCGGCCACUCGGGCCGCGGGAGAUCCGGAGAACUACAAGUCCCGAUGGGUUCAGCGCAGGAGCACUUCCGGCUCGCGCGUCCCGUCCCUUUGCCAGCCGGCGGCCGUGGGGGUACGAUGAAGAGGGAGGGUGGCCCUGCCACUCCCGGGCGGCCGCGGGCGGGGGAUGCUGCCGGAGGACCCUAGAUGCCUCUCUAGAGCAUGAGCUCGGGCAAAAGUGCCUGGUACAACCGCUUCUCUGGGGGACCUACCAGUCUUCCCACCCCAGACAUCGCCACCGGGUUCUCUUUCCAGACCAGAAUGGAAACGACCUUUGGGCCCGCCUUUUCAGCUGUCACCACUAUCACCAAAGCGGAUGGGACCAGUACAUACAAACAGCAUCGCAGGACACCCUCCUCCUCCAGCACCCUUGCCUACUCUCCUCGGGAUGAGGAGGAUAGCAUGCCCCCCAUCAGCACCCCACGUCGCUCUGACUCGGCCAUCUCCGUUCGUUCCCUGCACUCCGAGUCCAGCAUGUCCCUGCGCUCCACGUUCUCGCUGCCUGAGGAGGAGGAGGAACCGGAGCCACUGGUAUUUGCCGAGCAGCUCUCGGUGAAGCUGUGCUGCCAGCUCUGCUGCACUGUGUUCAAGGACCCUGUGAUCACCACGUGUGGGCAUACCUUCUGUCGAAGAUGUGCCUUGAAGUCAGAGAAGUGUCCUGUGGACAAUGCCAAGCUGACGGUGGUGGUGAACAACAUUGCUGUGGCCGAGCAGAUCGGGGAGCUUUCCAUCCACUGCAAGCAUGGCUGUCGGGCAGCAGGGGUCGGGAAGCCCACUGUCUUUGAGGUGGACCCCCGAGGGUGCCCCUUCACCAUUAAGCUCAGUGCCCGGAAGGAUCACGAGAGCAGCUGUGACUACAGGCCUGUGCGGUGCCCUAACAACCCCAGCUGCCCACCCCUUCUCAAGAUGAACCUAGAGGCCCACCUCAAGGAGUGUGAGCACAUCAAGUGUCCCCACUCCAAGUACGGGUGCACAUUCAUCGGGAACCAGGACACGUAUGAGACGCACCUGGAGACCUGCCGCUUUGAGGGCCUGAAGGAGUUUCUGCAGCAGACAGAUGACCGCUUCCACGAGAUGCACGUGGCGCUGGCCCAGAAGGAUCAGGAGAUCGCCUUCCUGCGCUCCAUGCUAGGCAAGCUCUCAGAGAAGAUUGACCAGCUAGAGAAGAGCCUGGAGCUCAAGUUCGAUGUCCUGGAUGAAAACCAGAGCAAGCUGAGCGAGGACCUCAUGGAGUUCCGGAGGGACGCAUCCAUGUUGAACGAUGAGUUGUCCCACAUCAAUGCACGGCUGAACAUGGGCAUCCUAGGAUCCUAUGACCCGCAGCAGAUCUUCAAGUGCAAAGGAACCUUUGUGGGCCACCAGGGCCCCGUCUGGUGUCUCUGUGUCUACUCCAUGGGGGACUUGCUCUUCAGCGGUUCCUCUGACAAGACCAUCAAGGUUUGGGACACAUGUACUACUUAUAAGUGCCAGAAGACGCUAGAGGGCCAUGACGGCAUUGUGUUGGCACUCUGCAUCCAGGGGUGCAAGCUCUACAGCGGCUCAGCAGACUGCACCAUCAUUGUGUGGGAUAUCCAGAACCUGCAGAAGGUGAACACGAUCCGGGCCCACGAUAACCCGGUGUGCACACUGGUCUCCUCGCACAACAUGCUCUUCAGUGGCUCCCUGAAGGCCAUCAAGGUCUGGGACAUUGUGGGCACUGAGCUGAAGCUGAAGAAGGAGCUAACAGGCCUCAACCACUGGGUGCGGGCCCUGGUGGCUGCCCAGAGCUACCUGUACAGUGGCUCCUACCAGACAAUCAAGAUCUGGGAUAUCCGGACCCUCGAUUGCAUCCAUGUCCUACAGACAUCUGGUGGCAGUGUAUACUCUAUUGCCGUGACAAAUCACCACAUUGUCUGUGGCACCUACGAGAACCUCAUCCACGUGUGGGACAUUGAGUCCAAGGAGCAGGUGCGGACCCUGACAGGCCACGUUGGUACUGUGUAUGCCCUGGCGGUCAUCUCAACACCAGACCAGACCAAAGUCUUCAGUGCAUCCUAUGAUCGGUCUCUCAGGGUCUGGAGUAUGGACAACAUGAUCUGCACACAGACCCUGCUGCGUCACCAGGGCAGUGUAACUGCACUGGCUGUGUCCCGGGGCCGGCUCUUCUCAGGGGCUGUGGACAGCACUGUGAAGGUUUGGACUUGCUGACAAGAUCCAGGCCAGGUCUUGGCUUCUUCUGGGCCUACCAUAGGCCUGUCCGAGCCAGGCUGGCCACCUGAGUGGUCUCAGGAGUCUCUGCCUACCCAUUUUUGGAUAGGUGGGCAGGCUGACCUGGCCAGGCAGUGCCCUCCUGAUCCUGCACCGGGCGAGCCUCCCUCUGUUUGGCUCUGUCAUCGUUGCUGCCAGGACAGUACCCAGACCCUCCCUCUACACUCCAGGUAUAAUGCUCACCCAGUCCACCUUCCAUCCCCAUUCCUGAUGGACUAUGGGGCCCUUUUUACUUACCUUUUCUAUUGUUUUUAGACUAUACAUAGAUUUGAUUAUUUCUUGAUUGAAAUAAAAGCUGCACAGACUGUGGCUGUGAGUGGGGAUGGUCCUGGGAUGAGGGAGAGGCUGCCCAAGAAUACUGGUGUGCCCAGGCACCAGCAGCAGUGGAAGGGAAUCUGGGGAGGGGCCACACAAAGGGUUCCUAUUGUCUGUUGACCCCAGGAUAUAGCCCUCUCAGCGACUUCCCCUCCCUGUCAGGAACAGGCGAGGUCCGCCCCCCACACCACCACCACCAUUCUCCCAACACACACCACCAAAAAGUGAGCCAGGCCAUUUUUUGCUGUUUAUUGACAGCUAUAGUACCUCCCUGCCCAGACCCCCUCCCCACCUGCUGGAGCCCCAGCCUGGGCCACCCACUAAGGAGAGGUCAGGUAGAUAACCAGGUGCCUCCACUAGGGGAAGCAUCACCACGUGACAACUGGAAGGGGUCUCACAUGCCCAGACGCCACCUUGGCUGACCCCCUCCACCCACCUGCAUCACAAUCGCUGGUUUUUGGCAUUUUUUAAAAUUUUUUUAAAGAAAUGUCAAAGUUGUGUCCAACACACGUGGAUCAGCAAACACAAUAGAGGAGGCCAGUCAGUACUUUUGGAGGGGUUGAGGGAGAGGAGAGAGAGAGAGUGAGAACAACCACACGACACAGUCUUGGACCAUGAGCAGAAGCAUCUGUGGGAAUUCAGAUAGGGGUGGGCUGGCUGCCUGCUCUGGGCCUGGGGAGGGAGGGUCAGGCACACCAUCACACAUACCACACGCAGCCUGGCAUGCACACCCUGCACCCACUGCUGUCAUCUGGCUGACCUGCCACUUCACGCUGUGUGCACAGCUCCCUCAAGACCCAGGCAGACCUUCACAGCAGCACCCCUUCCCCCCAAUGGGGAGGAAGCCCUCCCCCCAUCUCCACGGUAUGGAGGACACAGCCCAGCAGCAAGGCACAUCCUUCGAGUUCUUCAGACACAAAGAAGUUGGGAGAGAGAGCAGAGGGAGGCCCUGGUGGAGCACAGACCUUUCCCUAGACCCCAGCCUACUGUUUGUGCUACUGGACCAGGGGUCUGGCCACUCCUGGAUAGAAGAAAGGAUGGAUAGGGGCCAGAGCCUCUAAGAGCAUUUGUCUCAAGCUAGACUCCAGUGUCCUUGCAGUUGGUAAAUGGUUUUUCUAUAGAAUCAAUAAUAUUUUUCUUUCUUUAAAUAUAUAUUCGUUAAAGUUAUACCUUUUUGUUUCUCUAGGGAAAUCUGCCUCAGCUCAUUCCCGAUAAAUUAAUACUCUCGAUAGCUUAUAUUCUGUGGGGUAGAGUGGGGCAGGGGUCCUGACCCCAGCCCCUUGUGCUGUGCCAGAACAGCUGGCAGAGGUUCCCAAUGGGCAGUUCUGUGCUGGGCAUAGGCCUGUGCUUUGCCACUGAUUGGGGAGGGGGCUACAGUAUUUGCCCCCCCUCCCACUACCUCCCAGGGUGGGCCCAGCAUGGACUCAGGGCAGGGGUGCUAAUGGCUGCCCCUCCUCUACACACAGCAGAGCCUGGUGGUGGGUGGGCAGAUGGCCCAGCAGUUAUUGCACAGGGAGCAGCAGACAGGGACGGGCACCCACAAGGCAGCAGCAUCUGUCCAGAGCCCUUUGGUCCCUAGGCCUGGCAGUCUUCCAAGCUGGGCAUCCUGCCUGGGCCCAGGGGGCAGGAGUUGUGCUUGUGCAGAGACUGGCCAGCACGACCCGCCCCCGCCUCGUGGCUCUAGCAG